CUUUGCAGGGGAAACUCUUCCAUUGAUGCUUCAUACUGCCAAGGCCCUUGGGAGUAAUGCAUUAUAGAUUUGUAACAUUAUUAGUGUUCUUCAAUCACAUUUAUGUAUAACCAUACAUAUGAUGGACUUUUUUAUUUUACUUGCUGGUUGUGUUGAUGUUGUCCCGCUGCAACUAAUAACCUGUGUUAAGUGUUCUGUUCAAAGUAACACAUUCAAAUAUUUUCUUAAGUUUUCCACAAUGAUUUAUUUUAAGCAUAUUCCGAUAUAGUUUUAUCUGGACUAAGAAAGAAUGGAAGAUAAAACAAGUUGUGCAUUAAAAAGCAUUUCUGUAAAUCACAAUUAUGUUCUAUUCAGAGGCAUAUAUACUAUUUUGUAAGCAUAUAUGGGAAUUUUAAAUAACUAUUUUUAAUUGUUGACUAUGUAUAUAUUUGAUUGUUUAACAACAACUAAAACACACAGUAAAACAUUUAAAGAUCAACUCUUUAAUUGAAUUUUGCAGCGACUUGUCAGCUGGAAUAUGAUUUGGUUUUCGAAAUGUCAUGUUUUUCAAACAUGUCUUGUUUGUAGCAUUUACAAAACUAAGCCAACUGAAAAAUAUAGAUUCAGAUUCUGAGCUGGAGUGGACUGAUUAUUUUUACAUUGUACUUGUUUGGUGGGAAAAGCUGCAAAUUCAGGUUGGAGUGAGAACAGAAUAUUGUUUAUUUUAAACAUUCAAUUUUUUUUAAUAUUGUUCAUUUGAAACAUUAAACAUGUUAAACAUUAAAUCAAGACAAAACACUACGCAUUUUAUAAAAAAAUAUGGCAUAAAAAUUACACAAAAUAUGACGUGCUAAAAAUGAGGUUCAUUUUUUCAUUAGUUGAAGAAAAGACACAAAUGAUUAUUUGUCAUAUUUUGUGGAAUUUUUGUGGUCUAUGUUUUAACCAUACAUCUAUAAAAGGGUGUAAAAUGUAAAUGUAGUAUUUGAGGGUAGUCCCAUUUUAGUCAUGCGCAGAUUUAAGAUUUAAACUGAUCACAAUGUGAAAGACAAAAGUGUUGAUAGUCUAGGGAAACCCCCUUCCCAAGACCUAUUUACAUACUGGGCUUAUAAAAUGUUUUCUGCCGUGUAAGUUCAGUCAUCCCUUAACAUCAUUGCAGAAGAUGAUCCUCUAUGCAUGGCUGCUGCUUUACAUUAUUUUUCAAGCCGAAGGAAAAUGUCCCAAAAAUUAUUAUUACGAUGGACUUCUUGAAGAAUGUCAACCAUGCUCCAUUAGAUGCAACUCUCCACCCACUAUUUGCAGAACAUACUGUACCUCAAUACCAGCAAAAGAACCUGAAAAAACACAAAAUAUACAUUUUAUUUUGACAAUAUUUUUUGUGUUCUUGGGAGCUUUCAUGGUCCUGACCAUUAUCCUUGGAGUCAUACGCAAAAAAACCUGUAAGCUCAUCGAUAUCAAAAAAGUGAUAGGUCGAGAACAAAAGACAUCUGUAAGUGAGAGAAGCCUGGAUGCCACAGACAAAUCUACGCCUUACCAGAUAUCAUCUGAUGAUGGACUGAGUCAACAUCACUACAACUCCAACCUCCCUCUCCCCUCAACGGAAGAAGGCACAACAUUGCUGGUUACCACAAAAACAGUGCAAUCGUACCAUUGCACUCCUGUCCUAUAGUGAAGAGAUGAAGAACUGUCUGCACACUUAAAAACUGUUGCCAUCAUGCGCACCUUCAAGAAAAUAUGACUGUAAAAUAGCUCAAUGCUGGAAGUGCACAUUCAUGUCUAAUGAACUGAACACAGGAAGGACGUAUUUGACUAGUGAACAGUAGACGUUUGGAUGUCAUUUAGAUGUACUAUUGAUCUGUGAUGUUAGUUAAAAAACAGACUUCCUAUUUGUAUCCGUUUCAUUUUUUUCUUUCAUAUUGAAGUGAGAAAUGAUCUACCUUGAAUAAAAUGCUUUUCAAUUUUU